AUGGCUUCUGCAUUUAUUAAGGCAACAUGCUUUGUCCUGAUCGCGGUGGCCCUAGUGGCGCCACUAGCCGAUGCAGCAAUCACGUGUGGCACGGUGGUGAAUAGCCUGAGACCAUGCCUUUCUUAUGUGCAGGGUGGAUCUAGUGUUCCGCCCACCUGCUGUAGCGGAAUCAAGUCUCUCUACGCCGCAGCCAAAACCAAAGCCGAUCGCCAGGGCGUCUGCGGGUGCCUGAAAACACUCGCCGCAUCUUUUAAGGGCAUCAACUAUAGCAAGGCUGCUGGCCUCCCCGGAAAAUGUGGUGUCAGUAUCGCAUACAAGAUUGACCCUUCCACUGACUGCUCAAAGGUUCAGUAA